UUUAACAGCCAAUAAACUAUUGCAACAUGGCCAGCACGUGCAUCCACGACAACCGCAUGGUCUGUGCUUCUACGCCUGAUGGAUGCAACCGGCGCAGUUUCCUGGACCAGUGCGAUAUGUACGAGUUUAACUGCGAUUAUGGCACACGUUAUCAAGAGACAUACUUACUACUAUGUUCAGCGCAAACACCAAACUUACCUGAAGCGUCGUAUUCAGGAUAUGUACCAGAGCCGAGUCACUCCAAUGAAACGGAUAAAUGCUGUGAUAGACCCAAAAAGUGGGAAACCACGAAAGAAACAACACCACUUGUUGUAAUUUUGCAAGAUAGCAGCACAAUUACUACAGUUGUGACGUCAGAUGUGGAGUCUGAUGACAUGACUUCUCGGAUAACUGUCAGAGACCCGUCACAUGGGAGACGACUGUACCUAGAACCCGUAAAAAAAAUAUUAAAUAUUGAAAUAAAGAGAUUCACACCAGUAACUACUUUAUUCUGGAAACAUAUGACAACAACAGCAAUCAGUCGAAUUUACGGAAUCAACUCAAAGGAUUCAUAA